GACUGUGUAACUUGGCCAGGAUCCUGUCAGGUUGUGUCACAAGGCCUUCAGUUGCUUCACAGACCAGAUUUACAGCCUGGCAUCUGCUUUUGCAUGCUUACUGUUUCCAUGUAGUGGAAACUACCUCCACUGAUUUCUCAGCAGUCGGGGUUUUCUGUGCCCUCGGUGCAAGGUGUGUGUGCAACAUUAACUGCAUAACGGGCCGGAUUCUGCAUUCUUUCCCUACACCCACUCCAGUUGCCUUUCCUGGGUACUGAUCUGCUGCGCUGCACGUACUUCCCCAAUGCUGAGCUAACAAUAAGCACCUUGGAGACACACCCAGUUCUCAAUGUUUGACUGGUGGAGCAUUUGGUAUGUCUGGAAUUUUUUUUUCAUUUAUUCUUGAUAAGCAAAGGCGAGCGUUCACUGCUGUGAUUUUACCAAGCUUCUUCAAUCGCUCCGUGAUACCAACGCUGGUCGUGUUGUAGUCACACAGCUGGAAAUCGGAGGGUUUUGCCUUUUCUGAUAUGAGUAUUGGGAGUCAUGUGGGAGCCAGUCCUGUUAGCUGUGGAUGCAGUCAGCAGUUGUUGGCACUAGACUGGGCCAAGGUCUCGGCCACCAAACUGAAAUACUGGUAUUCGCUCAGCUCUAGCCCAAACUUACAGGUCUCCCAAGGUCCACAUAGGCAUAAGAAUGGCCAUACUGGGUCAGACCAAAGGUCCGUCUAGCCCAGUAUCCUGUCUGCUGACAGUGGCCAAUGCCAGGUGCCCCAGAGGGAAUGAACAGAACAGCACCCAAGCGCUUGGGGGUCUUGGCAACAAGCCGGGCGAGGAGACAGGAAGGUGUCGAUAACGCUGAGUUUGGCCUGAGGCCAUAGAUGAAGACUAUGUAGGAGUCUGUCUCUAAGGAGGUGAAGAUUUAACAAGCAUUCCAAGACAAAAUCAACACCACCUAGCCCAACACACAAUGCUGAAUUGGAAGUUGCCCAAGCAACUCAGUAUUAAUCAAGUGCCUCAAGUGUUUCGAGAGCAGGGCAUCCUGUCUGGGUAUCGGCAUCCAAGAAGUUCUGCAGCAGACUGUCUCCUCAGUGCCUUCCAGAUGACAAACGAAACACUAAAUAUAUGGACGCACUUUUUGCCUGCCUGGUACUUCCUAUGGAAGUUGUUUGCUUUAGCCUAUUCGCUGGAUAUCUGGAACGACGUGUAUGCCUGGCCCUUUCUUGCCUACAUGCUCACGUGCUGUAUUUAUCCUUUCACAUCCAGCUGUGCCCACACAUUCAGUACGAUGUCCAUCCAGGCGAGACAUAUUUGUUAUUUCUUUGAUUAUGGUGCCCUUAGUAUGUACAGUUUAGGCUCUGCGAUUGCUUAUUCAACGUAUGUUUUCCCAGAAGAAUGGAUCGAUAGCACUUUCCAUCACUGUUAUGUACCCAUUGCUGUGCUUAACACGGUCAUUAGCACGGGUCUUUCCUGCUACUCCAGGCUUGGUGCUCCAUACCUCCAUUAUAACAGUGAUGUCAUAGAAAGGUUCCCCGAGAUACAGCAGCCCCGGCUCAGUAAAACUCUUCGCACGCUGGCUUUUGCAUAUCCGUACCUGUUCGACAGCACCCCUCUCUUCUACAGGCUAUAUCUGUGUACUGGGGAAAGCUGCAUGGAAAGCGUAAUCCCAGUCCACUACAGGCACUGUGUGUUUGCCUUCCUCACUUGUUUCAUUUUUGCUGCACAUUUGCCUGAGAGACUUGCACCGGGACGCUUUGACUAUAUUGGGCACAGCCACCAGCUUUUCCAUGUAUGUGGGAUCAUUGGCACACACUUCCAAAUGGAGGCCACCUUUAUAGACAUGAACGCUCGCCGUGACUGGCUCUUAGCUUCCUCACCUCUUCUCUCUUUCUCUCAAACAGCUGGUUCAAUUGGUAUCUCCAUUAUCAUUAGCCUAACUAUCAUUGGGGCUUUCUCACUGGCUCUCUAUUCAACACCAAAGUCCUCUAGGACAGAAAAACUACAUCGGCAUUAAACUUUAAGUAGAGAUUGGUUUUUAGUUACAUUACUGCAAAUGAGAAAUACCAAGUAACUUUAGUACUGGAUCAAUGAAGGUGAUGAGAGUUUUUGAUGAAUGUUUUUCUUGGGGAAGAUACUCAAGGGGUUUUCAAGAGUGAACCAUUUUAUAGUGCACUGGUUUUUGUACAUACGACUUUAAAGUUGGAGACAGAUUGUGACAUGGUUUAAAAUCGGGUCAAGUUGAUAUUUUAGCAUGAAAUUAUUUAGAAAAAAAUGAAAACAUUGUAAAAGGGAGAAGUGUCAUAUUUUGCAAGCCAGUAUUUGAGGGCAGAUUUAAUCCAAAUGACGAAACUCACUGUGAUACCAUCUUCUAAGUCAAUGGCCAUUUAUCUGUGUUGAUUUCAGUUGACUGCUUUAGGGAGGAACCAGGAAACUUGAUUAUUUUGAUUAUAACAUGAUGGUACAUUGUGCUUAUGUCAGUUCAUAGGCAUAAGUGUCUAUAUUUUAUAUAUUUAAUAUGUGGGGUAGCAUCUCGAUCCAGGACAGGCUCCAGGAUUUUUGCCGCCCCAAGCGGUGGGGGAAAAAAAAAAAAAAAAAGCCGUGAUCGCAAUUGCGAUCUGCGGCACUCUGGCGGCAGCUCCACUGCGCCGCUUUCUUCUUCGGCGGGAAUUCGGCAGCAGGUGCUUCCCUCUGAGAGGGACCCGCCGCCGAAUUGCCACGGAACAGCCCGACAUGCUGCCCCUUCCCCUUGGCCGCCCCAAGCACCUGCUUGCUGGGCUGUCUUGAUCCUACUGAAGUAAAUGGCACUUUUGCAACAGACUUCAAUAAGAGCUAGGAUUUCACCUUAGAAUCCUAGUGUCCCUAGGACUGGGCCUUUCAGUUCUUCCCUAGGGAGAUUAUUCCAGUCUGAGUUCACUGUUAGUAUGUUUUCCUGAUAUUCAGUCUAAAUUUCCUGAGCCUGAUUCUGCACUUGUUUACGGCCUGAUCAGUCGGUGGGUGUUUUCCAUUGAGUACAAAGAGCUGUAAUUCAGGCUCUUAUAUCAGUCUUACAUUAGGGUAGUUUCACUGACUUCAGCAGUUACACUCCUGAUUUACAAUCAUGUGAAUGAGGGGAGCACCAAGCCUCCCCCCAGUAUGCACCUGCUGUAGCAGACACCUCACUGAAAGACUAUCACUGAGAAGCCAUCAAAAUUGCAAUCUGGGGUCAUACAUUUUGGCUUGGAAGCAGGUGGCACCCUGCGAUUGGACCGACUUGCACUCAGCUGGUGACCAGAGAGGUACUAGGUCAGGUUAUAAUGUCCGUUAGAGUAUUUCACUACUGUUUUUUAUACAUAGGAAUGGUACUCAAAUGUCUCCGGCUUUGAGGUUAUCUGUGACUUGAUUGCACAUUGGAUUAUCUAAUACCUUGGAAUAUGAUAUUUGUAUUAGGUACAUAAACAAGUAAUGCAGAAAAUUACAAUGAGAUUAUCAAGCUUCCUGAUAACUAUAUGGGUUUAUUAUAUGUUUUGUAAAUAGUAGCCUCCAUCGAGGUGUAAGAGAUGCACUUUGGGUUGACAGUACAACAAAAUCUUUAAAUAUAUUCUGGGAAAAAAACAACUUGGAAAUGAUCUUACUUUCUUCUGAAAGCUGAUCAAGAUUUCUAUUAACAUUUAUUAGCACUGGAACAUCACGUUUUUAUCCAACAUUUUAUUUAAUUAAAAAAAAUCAUAACUAUGACAAGAAAAGCGCUAAUAUGUGCUGCUGAUCUGUUUAUCUUGUCUUUUAGUAUAACUGGGAAAGAGUCUGGCUUCUGCAAGAAGUGAUUUAAGAUUCUACAGCAUUAAUUAAUUAAUCUGGAACUUCCUUGGUAGUCUAACUUUUCAGAUUCAAUAAGUGCCAUGUUCUGUGACUAUUACCUAAUUACGGAUGUGUAACUUCAAAUAUGCAGUGGUUCAUAGGAGAACUACCUGUAAAACAACACAUUUCUGUUUGACAUGAUAGUCUGCUCCUUCAUCCUUCUAGACCCUACAGCAGGGUCACAUGGGGAUCUGGUCUGAUGCUUACACAUUUUAAUAGAGCAAAUUAGUUGAGUGUCAUUCCAACAUUUUCUGAUCUUGAAACAUCAUAUGGAAAGAGAAGCCAGAUUCAUUAUAAUGUGAGAUACACAUUCAAAACCAUACCAUGAAUUAAGCUAUACAGAUAUAAAGAAAUAAAGUCUAUUUAUGAAGAA